ACUGCUCCUACAGACACAAUUACAACUACAACCAAACCGAUCACGACCUCUACAGAAACAGUUACAACUACAACCAAACCAACAACGACCUCUACAGAAACAGAUACAACUACAACCAAACCAGCCACUACUCCCACAUACACAAUUACAACUGCAACCAAACCAGCCACUUCUCCCACAUACACAAUUACAACUACAACCGUACAAGCCAUUACUCCCACAGAAACAACUACAACCGUACAAGUCACUACUCCCACAGAAACAACUACAACCGUACAAGCCCCUUCUCCAACAGAAACAACUACAACCAAACAAGCCACUACUCCCACAGACUCAAUUACAGCUACAACGAAACAAGCCACUACUCAAACAGACACAACUACAACCAAACAAGCCACUACUCCCACAGAUACAACUACAACCAAACAAGCCACUACUCCCACAGAAACAGACACAUCUUCAACCAAACAAGCCACUACUCCCUCAGAAACAACUACAACCAAACAAGCCACUACUCCUUCAGAAACAACAACAACCAAACCAGCCACUACUCCCUCAAAACCAACUACAACCGAACCCGCCACUCCUCCCACAGAAACAGACACAUCUUCAACCAAACAAGCCACUACUCCCACAGAAACAGAUACAACUACAACCAAACCAGCCACUACUCCCAUAGAAACAACUACAACAAAACAAGCCACUACUCCAACAGAAACAACAACAACCAAACCAGCCACUACUCCCACAGAAACAGAUGCAACUACAAUCAAACCAACCACUACCCCCACAGAAACAGAUACAACUACAACCAAACAAGUCACUACUCCCACAGAAACAACUACAACCGAACCA